ACUCACCUCAACUUUUACAACCAGAGACUGAAGACCAGACUGGAGACUCUUCUGAUCCUGAGACUGAUGACAGUGACCGGAAGGAAAGCAGUGGACGUUCGUCUCUGGAAAAUUAUAAAGUCUCAGUCAGUGAUUUGAGAUGCAGUGCUGGUGGGAAAUCAUUCAGCUGCUGUGAGUGUCGGAAAAGAUUUGGCACCAAGACAAUUCUGAAGAUACACAUGAGAACUCAUACAGGAGAGAAACCUUUCAGCUGUUUAAUCUGUAAGAAAUCUUUUGCGUCGGGUGGAAAUUUAAGGAUACACAUGAGAAUGCAUACAGGAGAGAAACCGUACAGUUGCUCAGUUUGUGAGAAAAGAUUUGGAACCAAUCAACGUCUAAAGAACCACACGAUAACUCAUACUGGAGAGAAAUCCUUUAGCUGCUCUGAGUGUCCAAAAUGUUUUGGAACUGAGACGCAUCUCAAGAGACACAUGAUAACUCACACAGGAGAAAAGCCUUUCAGCUGCUCAGUCUGUAAGCAAUCGUUUGCAUUGAGUGGAAAUUUACAGAAACACAUGAGAAUCCACACGGGAGAGAAGCCUUUCAGCUGCAGCGUUUGUGACAAAAGAUUUGCCUGGCGUUUACAGAUCAAAAAACAUAAAUGUGUCGGUCGUCAGUCGUCACAGCUUCAUCAGAGUCAAACGGAGGAGAACAGAGAGGCAGAUCCUCCAGCCAGCAGAGAAACUCAACACAUGGUAACAGAAGCUGAUGGAGAGGACUGUGGAGGACCAGAACCAGCCAGGAACUCACAUCCACUUUUACCACCAGAGACUGAAGACCAGACUGGAGACUCUUCUGUAGCUGAGAUUGAAGUUAGUUAUGAUGAUUGGGAGGAGACCAGAGAACCUCAGUCAGGUUUAAAGUCUCGGAAAAAUGAGGAAGUUCCUGCCAGUGAUUCGAGAUGUAGUGCUGAUGAAAAACCUUUUAGCUGUUCUGAGUGUGGAAAAAGAUUUGGGGCCAAAACAACUCUGAAGAGACACAUGAGAACUCACACAGGAGAAAAACCUUUCAGCUGCUCCGAGUGUAAUAAAUCUUUUGCAGAUAGUGGAAACCUACGCUUACACAUGAAAAUCCACACAGGCGAGAAACCUUUCAGUUGCACAGUUUGUGUUAAAAGAUUUUUGCACAAGUCGCAACUACAGAUACACACGAUAACUCAUACUGGAGAGAAACCCUUCAGCUGCUCAGUGUGCAGUAAAAGCUUUACACAGAAGGUACACCUGACACAACACAUGACACUUCACACAGGAGAGAAACAGUUCAGCUGCAGUGUAUGUGGUAAACAUUUUAUACGAAAGGGGAAUCUGAUGCACCACAUGAGAAUACACACAGGAGAGAAACCUUUCAGCUGCAGUGUUUGUCAAAAAAGGUUUGCCUGGCAUUCACUAGUCAAAACACAUAAAUGUCGUCCUUCCUCACAGCUGCAGCAAACUCAAACAAAACCGAUAAAAACAGAAGCUGAAGACCAGACUGGAGACUCUUCUUAACCUGAGACUGAUGACAGUGCUGAUUGGAAGGGUACCAGUCAGGUUUAAACUCUGAUGAUCAAUGAUGAAGCCUCUAAAAGUGGUACGGCAUGUAAUACAGGAGAGAAUUCAGUUGCUCAAAAAUGGACCAACAUUAUUAUUAAAGUGUUUUAUUAGGUUUCCAAGCCCGGGAAGACCGGGGCCACGUUGAUGCAAAGCAAUGCGGCUCCCAGUACCAGCGAUGCUGGGAACCCUAUAGAGAGGUGAAGUCCCUCCCCCUUCCGGUUGACCUCAUGGGACCUUAAUUCAGAAAAAAAAUAUGCGUGAUAGUAAACGGAACUACAUAUGUCGUCUCGCGCAAUUUACGUCGGAAGGGGAGGGACUUGGCCUCUCUAUUAUUAUCGCAACGAUUAUAAUUAUAAACCGUGCAUGGGGCAGUGCAUUUUUAUGAAUGGUUCAGUCUCUUGAAGGGACCUCAGGUACAAAAAUUGACAAAUGUCUGCCAGCAGGGGGCACUAUUAUAAUAAUAAUGCAUAUUGGCCUAUAUCUCUCAUACCGUACACCGCAUCUUCAAAAACCUUGUUUCGAAAAAUUAUCGAAAGAAUUUUGGGCAAAAAUGAAAAACACCAGUAUUUUUUUACACCACAAAAUUCGUGGUUCGAUUCCCAGGCUUCUCCGGCCACAUGUCAAAGUGUCACUGAACAAGACCUUAAACCCCAAGUUGCUCCCUGGAUGCUGUGUGUAUAGCUAUCUACUGCUUCUAAUACUUAGGAUGGGUUAAAAGCAGUAAUUAAAUGUCACUACAUUGUACUGUAUGUAUGGGACGAUUUAAGAAUAAAGUUUCAUUUUUUGAAUUUUAAAAAUAUGAACCUUUGCUUACCUACGCCAAAUGGACCACAUUUGGCGUAGAUUGGCCGUUAGAGGGCGCUACAAUUACAAAAAAAUUUAUAUCUCAUGAAGGGAUCAUGUGAUAUUUAUGAAACUUGGAGUGUACAAUCUAGGACGACUCCUGAGGCCACACGUACAAUGGUGUACUGAUUUGUCAAAAUGGGCGUGGUCCAUUACACCCAAAAAUGCAUUGAUGCUUUUUUGAAUGGAUGUAUAAAAUGCAUGUAAAUGGGAAAUGUGCAUUUUCAAUUCACUACAGAUCUUGCACAAUAUUUUAUGACGUCUGCCCCGCAGCCGUCGCACUUUGGGUUUCGCGGACUCCAAGGGUUAUCUAGAGGGAUUGGCGUCAAUUUCUUUUUUUUAUCAAGGAUGUAGCCUGAGAUAGCACUGUAAAUUAUGGACUGUAUAAGUGUCUAUCAUCCAUUCUGUUGUUGGGAUUUGUGCGAUGCUUUUGAAAUGUCUGUAAAUCCUUGCCAAUAUAUGAACCCAUGCCUCUAAUAAUACAGCCAACAUUAGCCUUAGCUAACAUGGCUAUUGUUUAGCCUGGCCAGCCAGUCUGAUUAAUUCAUAACGGUUAGGCCUACUCCUAGGUAGCUUCUCUGUCUCUCCUCUCUCCCUCGCCUCUGUCUGUCCUAAUUGCAGGAUUGGAGUCUGGUGUGCGGCUGCCUCUCAUCUACCACAAUCAACCUCUGCUUCAUCUACCCUGUCAUUCCUUCACUCUGCGUCAGAUCGUAGUCAAGACAACCACACUGCCUUUGGAACCUGACUCCUGCUACAGCUUCACUCGUGCCAUACACCGAACCAGAACCACCACCACUGGACCCCACCACUAGCCGGUCUGCUGUCUCUCUCUGACCGACCCGCUCCUUCCCAGAAUUCACCUGACCUGUUCUCUGCCCUGGAAACCUGGACUUGCUUUACCCCCCGGAAACCUGGAAUUGACACUUGAGUACUUUGAAUAAAACCUGUUAACUCACACUCCUGGUUCUGCGUCUGUCUGCAUUUGGGUUCUGUUCCUCAUUCAAAGCUAACAAUAACAGUAAUAUAGAGC